GAACGAACAGACAAAGUGGGGAACCGCUACAACAACGACGAUGGCUUUCUAUCCUUGCCAUCACACAGCAAUAACCUGACUAUAACUCGCUCAACAUGUCUUACAGCAGAAUCGGUGUUGUCACUGGAGCAAACAAGGGCGUCGGCCUCGCCAUUGUUCGCCAACUGGCUCUCCAAUACCCCAAGUCACCUCUCAACAAUGGUCCCUUUCUGAUCUACCUCACGGCGCGCGACAAGGGUCGGGGAGAAGCCGCGCUGAAGCAACUCGAGCAAGACUCGCAGUUGAAGCAGGCCAAGGCCCUUAGAGCGGAUGGCGGCCUCGCAGAGAUCAAGUACCACUAUCUCGACAUCACAGACGAGUCCAGCAUCAAAGGCCUGGCAAAGCACCUCAAGGAGGCGCACACCGAGGGCAUCGACUUCGUCAUCAACAACGCCGGUAUCGCCCUGGACGGCUUCGACUCCAACAUCGUCAAGGAAACUCUCCACACAAACUACUACAACACCAUGCUCGCCUCCCGCACCUUCUUCCCCCUCCUCAACCCCACCGGCCGCAUCGUAAACGUCGCCUCCUCCUCGGGCGCGCUGUCCAAGUACUCCGACGCCGUGCGCGAGCGCUUCCUUGCCGCAAACACCGAGGAUGAUGUCACGGCUAUCAUGCACGAUUUUGCGUCCGCCGUGGAGCAGGGCAAGGAGAAGGAAGCCGGGUUCCCGAGCGCGGCGUAUGCCACGAGCAAGGCGGGGUGUAUUGGAGGCACGAAGGCGCUUGCGCGCGCAGAGAGGGAGCGAGGCCGGAAGAGGCUGGUCAACGCAUGCUGUCCGGGCUAUGUGAAUACGGAUAUGAGCAAGGGGAACGGGACCAAGACGCCGGAUCAGGGCGCGCAGACCCCGGUGCUGCUUGCUAUUCAGGAUAUCGGGGGGAAGACAGGCGAGUUCUGGAGGGAUGGGAAGGUCAUUGAGUGGUAGAUGGGGGCGAUUUGAUCUCUUGAUGGAGUCUGAGUCCGCAUCUUAGGCGGAACUAAACGUUGAUCUGUUGCCUAAGAUACCUGUGGUUGGCUGCAUCUUUAUCGUGAUCUAUCCAAGCACUGACAACCCCAAUACCAGCCAGAUAUGGUAGCUAGAUGGAAUAGCGACAUGGGGCAAGCAUCAAUGAAGCGGAAUUAUGCUCAUCAUGGCAUCCAC